GUUUGCAUCACAGCAAUCUCUUAUCUUCUUCGUUUGGUUCUCAUUUGUUUUUUUCUUUUUCUUUUUCCAUGCUGCAUCUCUUCAUUCGUUAGUCAUUGAGGUCUCUGUUUCCAUUUCCAUGGAAGAAACAGAGCUUAUUCAGAAACUGUGAGAAGGGAGUGUUGUUUCCUCAAGCAUACGUAUGAAGCUGAACUCAUAAUCUUUGUGGUAAUCAGGGAAUAUGGCGUCUGCUUCGUGGUUAACGUCGCUCUCUUGCACUGUGACAGAUGGGGUUUCUCCUUCAAAUAUUUUCGAAUGGCUGCGGUUCAUUUUCCUAUCUCCAUGUCCUCAAAGAGCACUUUUAUCUUCUUUUGAUCUUCUAUUCCUACUCCUAGUCAUAUUGUUUGCAGCUCAAAAGCUUUAUUCUAAAUUUACUGCAAAAGGUCGGCCUGGCUCUGAUUUGAACGAACUCCUCAUUGAGAAGAAUAGAACUCGUCUCGAAACUACGAUCUGGUUCAAAAUCUCUUUGAUUUUGAGUGUUCUGUUUGCCUUAAUUUGCACUGUUUUUUGCAUUGUAGCAUUUACUACAAGUAAGCAGCCGCCAUGGAAAUUAACGAAUGGAUUAUUUUGGUUACUUCAAGCUGUAACUCAUAUAGUGAUUGCUAUCUUGAUCAUCCAUGAAAAGAGAUUUGAAGCUGCUAGGCACCCAUUAACACUCCGGCUUUAUUGGGUGGCAAAUUUCAUUGUUAUUUGUCUCUUUACUGUAUCUGGGAUUAUUCGUCUGGCUACCACCAAAGAAACUGAGGAACCCAACUUGAGGUUUGAUGACAUUGUGUUCAUAGUUUUCUUGCCAUUGUCAGUGGUUCUUCUUUAUAUUGCCAUUGAAGGAUCAACUGGCGUUAGGGUGAUCAGAGCAGUACAGGAAAAUAAUAGAGAUGGUGAGGAAUUUGAACCCUCGAAUGAAUCCAAUGUAAGUGCCUAUGCUUCAGCUUCUUCACUGUCCAAAUUAUUAUGGCUUUGGAUGAACCCUUUGCUUAAAAAAGGUUACAUGGCCCCUUUAAGUAUUGAUGAAAUACCAUCCCUUUCUCCAGAACAUAGAGCUGCGAGAAUGUUAGCAUUAUUUGAAUCAAAAUGGCCUAAGCCACAUGAGAGAUCUGAGCACCCUGUUCGAACCACAUUGCUUCGAUGCUUCUGGAAGGAUAUUCUCUUCACUGCUGUUCUUGCAGUUACCCGAACUGGCGUCAUGUUUAUUGGGCCUGCCCUUAUCCAAAGUUUUGUUGAUUACACUGCUGGAAAAAGAAGCUCCCCUUAUGAAGGAUACUUCCUCCUAUUGACCCUUGUGCUUGCAAAAUUUUUCGAAGUUUUAACCACUCAUCACUUCAACUUCCACUCCCAGAAGAUAGGAAUGCUUGUACGAUGUACCCUCAUUACAUCUUUAUACAAGAAAGGCCUAAAGUUAUCCUCGACAGCCAGGCAGGCUCAUGGUGUCGGACAGAUUGUAAAUUAUAUGGCUGUUGAUGCUCAGCAACUUUCAGAUAUGAUGUCACAGUUACAUGCUAUAUGGCUGACGCCAUUUCAAGUUGCCGUAGCCUUUAUGCUCUUAUAUAAAUAUCUUGGCGGUGCAGUGGUUGCUACAGCGGUCGGACUUUUGACUGUUUUUUUGUUUGUUAUUUUUACUACCAAGAAUAACAAUACAUUCAUGCUCAUGUUGAUGAUGGGCCGUGAUUCAAGGAUGAAGGCAACAAAUGAGAUGCUUAACAAUAUGCGUGUGAUUAAGUUCCAAGCAUGGGAGGAACAUUUCGAAAAAAGAAUCCAAAAUUUCCGUGCUACAGAGUUCAAAUGGCUUACGAAGUUUAUGUAUUCGGUAUCUAGCAAUAUGGUGGUUCUGGGGUCCGCCCCAAUGCUGAUAUCAACCCUUACCUUUGGCUGUGCAAUCUUAUUUGGUAUUCCACUGGAUGCAGGGACAGUGUUUACAUCUAUGAGUCUCUUCAGACUUGUGCAGGAGCCCAUCAGAACCUUCCCUCAGUCUUUAAUUUCAUUGUCACAAGCUGUAAUAUCACUUGGAAGGUUAGAUCGUUUCAUGUUGAGUGGGGAGUUGGAGGAGGAUUCAGUGGAGAGGGAAGAAGGAUGUGACGGUGGAAUAGCGGUGGAGGUUCGAGAUGGGUCAUUCAGCUGGGAUGAUGAGAGUGGAGAAGUUUUGAAAAACAUAAAUUUUAAUGUUAGAAAAGGAGAACUUAUAGCUGUUGUUGGCAUUGUGGGAUCUGGGAAAUCUUCUCUCCUAGCAUCAGUUCUGGGUGAGAUGCACAAAAUAUCUGGAAAGGUCCGGGUAUGUGGGAGAACGGCUUAUGUUGCACAAACUUCAUGGAUUCAGAAUGGGACUAUUGAAGAGAACAUAUUAUUUGGUUUGCCAAUGGACAGAGAAAGAUAUAGGGAAGUAAUCCGAGUUUGUUGCCUGGAAAAGGAUUUAGAAAUGAUGGAAUUCGGAGAUCAAACAGAGAUUGGUGAACGCGGUAUCAAUCUAAGUGGCGGCCAGAAACAGAGAAUACAACUUGCCAGGGCAGUAUACCAAGACUGUGAUAUUUAUCUUCUUGACGAUGUGUUUAGUGCCGUUGAUGCUCACACUGGGUCAGAAAUAUUCAAGGAGUGUGUGAAGGGAGUCCUCAGAGACAAGACUGUCAUACUGGUUACUCACCAAGUUGAUUUCUUGCACAAUGUGGACCUAAUCUUAGUCAUGCGAGAUGGGAUGAUUGUGCAAUCGGGCAAGUACAACAAUUUAUUAGAUGCUGGAACAGAUUUUGAGGCCUUGGUCGCUGCACAUGAAACCUCCAUGGAAAGUGUGGAAAAUACCACUGCUGAAGCAGGGGAACCCUCCCCCCGGCCCCUUAUACGAAAAUCUUCAUCCAAGCAUAGCGAGGCCAAUGGCGAAAACAAUGCUGUUGAGAAUCCAAACGCAGACAAGGGGUCUUCUAAGCUCAUCCAAGAUGAAGAGAGAGAAACAGGAAGAGUUGGUUGGCAAGUUUAUAAAGUUUACUGCACGGAGGCUUAUGGAUGGUGGGGUGUGGCUGUAGUGUUGGUACUUUGUUUAGCGGGGCAAUUAUCAUCCAUGUCCAGUGACUAUUGGCUGGCAUAUGAAACUUCGGACGAGAAUGCAAAAUCGUUCAAUCCCUCGCUUUUCAUUACCGUCUAUGCGAUACUUGCAGUUGUUUCAACGGCGGUGGUCGCUUCCAGAUCCUUUUGUACUAUAAUUUUGGGGCUCAAGACAGCCACUGUUUUCUUCACACAAAUUCUUACUUGCAUCCUACAUGCCCCCAUGUCAUUUUUUGACACUACACCUUCAGGAAGGGUUCUAAGUCGGGCGUCAAAUGAUCAGACCAAUGUUGAUCUGUUCAUUCCCUUCUUUUUGGCAAAUACACUCGUCAUGUACUUUGCUGUGCUAGGCAUAAUCAUCAUUACAUGUCAAUAUUCUUGGCCUACAGCUUUCUUCCUUAUUCCACUUGGCUGGCUUAACGUGUGGUACCGGGGCUAUUACCUUUCAUCGUCUCGUGAGAUKACUCGCCUCGACUCUAUCACAAAAGCACCUGUAAUCCAUCAUUUUUCGGAAAGCAUAGCUGGAGUAAUGACAAUACGCUCUUUUAGAAAGCAAGACAUAUUUUGCCAAACGAAUAUCAAACGGGUCAAUGCCAAUUUGCGUAUGGAUUUCCACAACAAUGGAUCUAACGAGUGGUUGGGUUUCCGUUUGGAGUUGCUCGGGUGUACCUUCCUCUGUAUCUCUACCAUGUUUAUGAUCUUAUUACCUAGCAGUAUUAUAAAUCCAGCAACUGUUGGUUUAUCGCUUUCCUAUGGAUUAUCCUUGAAUACUGCGUUGUUCUGGGCCAUCUAUAUGAGUUGCUUCAUUGAAAACAAAAUGGUUUCUGUUGAGAGAAUAAAGCAAUUUACUGUAAUACCCUCUGAGGCAGCAUGGAGGGUUAAAGACAGUCUUAUUCCUUCAAACUGGCCUGCCCAUGGUGAUGUUCAUCUGCAAGACCUUCUGGUCCGAUAUCGCCCGAACACUCCACUGGUUCUUAAGGGUAUCACCCUAAGCAUACAUGGGGGAGAAAAGAUUGGAGUUGUUGGCCGAACGGGGAGUGGAAAAUCAACUCUUGUCCAAGUAUUCUUUAGGCUAGUUGAGCCUUCAGGAGGGAAAAUAAUUGUCGAUUGCAUUGACAUAGGCACACUCGGUCUUCAUGAUCUUCGAUCGCGGUUCGGGAUCAUUCCCCAAGAACCAGUUCUUUUUGAAGGAACCGUGAGAAGCAACAUCGAUCCAAUCGGCCAGUAUACUGAUGAAGAAAUAUGGAAGAGCCUCGAGCGGUGCCAACUCAAAGAUGUCGUUGCUGCAAAACCCGAUAAACUCGAUUCCUCAGUGGUUGCUAAUGGAGACAAUUGGAGUGUGGGGCAGAGACAACUUCUCUGUUUAGGAAGGGUUAUGUUAAAGCAUAGCCAGCUCUUGUUUAUGGAUGAGGCAACAGCUUCAGUCGAUUCACAAACCGACGCUGUGAUACAAAAGAUCAUCCGGGAGGACUUUGCGACGUGUACAAUUAUCAGCAUUGCUCACAGAAUCCCAACAGUUAUGGACUGUGAUAGAGUUUUGGUUGUAGAUGCAGGACUUGCUAAAGAGUUUGACAAACCAUCUAGAUUGCUCGAGAGGCCGUCGCUCUUCGGAGGAUUGGUUCAAGAGUACGCUCACCGCUCGACCGACUUAUAAGCAACCGUUGUGCACUUGCAAUCACCAAUGAACUGCCAAUGCCUAGUCGCUGGCAAAACGUCAACWAUUUGCCUUCCGGGACGAUAAAAAGAUCAAACAGUAACAAAUGAAUAUCCAUUCCUCAUGGUUGGCAAGAAUUUUAGCAGUCUCAAUUUUUGUAUUUUUACAUACCUCGUCUAGUUUUUUUAGUACAACAAAGGUAGAGGAUUUGAACUCAUAACUUCUUGGUUAGAAACAKGUCGCUGGAUAUGUAAGAUUUCAAAGUUGUCCAUGUUAUUAUUAUCGAAAACAAAUGUCAUAAUUGUUUUUGGUAUGGAAAAUAAAGUCAUGAUUAAGAGUUUUUUUUUU